CUAUAAAUAUCUCACCUUUCCAUGUUGGUGCCAUUCCAUUCCAAGCACCAGCACGCAGAGGCAGCUGCAGCAGCAGCAGCCAAAAGCAAGCCCGUGUUCUUGCAUCACCGCCUACUGCAAAGCUAGCUAGCUAGCUAGGCGUCGGGCAUGGAGACCAUUGGCGCGCCGGGAAGCUCUCUGCACGGGAUGACGGGUCGGGAGCCGGCGUUCGCCUUCUCCACGGCGGCGCCCGAGCACGACGGCGACGACGCCGCGGCGAGCAAGUUCGACCUGCCGGUGGACUCAGAGCACAAGGCGAAGAGCAUCCGUCUCUUCUCCUUCGCGAACCCGCACAUGCGCACCUUCCACCUCUCCUGGAUCUCCUUCUUCACCUGCUUCGUCUCCACCUUCGCCGCGGCUCCCCUCGUCCCCAUCAUCCGCGACAACCUCAACCUCACCAAGGCCGACAUCGGCAACGCCGGGGUGGCGUCCGUGUCGGGCUCCAUCUUCUCCCGUCUCACCAUGGGCGCCGUCUGCGACCUGCUGGGCCCGCGCUACGGCUGCGCUUUCCUCAUCAUGCUGUCGGCGCCCACCGUGUUCUGCAUGGCGCUCAUCGACGACGCCGCGGGCUACAUCGUCGUCAGGUUCCUCAUCGGCUUCUCGCUGGCGACCUUCGUCUCGUGCCAGUACUGGAUGAGCACCAUGUUCAACAGCAAGAUCAUCGGCACCGUCAACGGGCUCGCCGCCGGGUGGGGCAACAUGGGCGGCGGCGCCACGCAGCUCAUCAUGCCGCUGGUGUACGACGUCAUCCGCAAGUGCGGCGCCACGCCAUUCACGGCGUGGCGGGUGGCAUACUUCGUCCCGGGGCUGAUGCACGUGGUCAUGGGCGUGCUGGUGCUGACGCUCGGGCAGGACCUCCCCGACGGCAACCUCAGGACGCUGCAGAAGAAGGGCAACGUCAACAAGGACAAGUUCUCCAAGGUCAUGUGGUACGCCCUGAUAAACUACCGGACCUGGAUCUUCGUCCUCCUCUACGGCUACUCCAUGGGCGUCGAGCUCACCACCGACAACGUCAUCGCCGAGUACAUGUACGACCGCUUCGACCUCGACCUCCGCGUCGCCGGCACCAUCGCCGCCUGCUUCGGUAUGGCCAACCUCGUCGCGCGCCCCAUGGGCGGCGUGCUCUCCGACGUCGGCGCGCGGUACUGGGGCAUGCGCGCGCGCCUCUGGAACAUCUGGAUCCUCCAGACCGCCGGCGGCGCCUUCUGCCUCUGGCUGGGGCGCGCCAGCACGCUCCCCGUCUCCAUCGUCGCCAUGGUGCUCUUCUCCUUCUGCGCGCAGGCCGCCUGCGGCGCCAUCUUCGGCGUCAUACCCUUCGUCUCCAGGCGCUCCCUCGGCAUCAUCUCCGGGAUGACCGGCGCCGGCGGCAACUUCGGCGCGGGGCUCACGCAGCUGCUCUUCUUCACCUCGUCCACCUACUCCACGGCCAGGGGGCUGGAGUACAUGGGCAUCAUGAUCAUGGCGUGCACGCUGCCGGUGGUGUUCGUGCACUUCCCGCAGUGGGGAUCCAUGUUCUUCCCGGCCAGCGCCACCGCCGACGAGGAGGGCUACUACGCGUCCGAGUGGAACGACGACGAGAAGAGCAAGGGGCUCCAUGCCGCCAGCCUCAAGUUCGCCGAGAACAGCCGAUCAGAGCGCGGCAAGCGCAACGUCAUCCAGGCCGACGCCGGCGCCACGCCGGAGCACGUAUAAGCUGUCUAAGAUCGAUCCAUGUUCACCUGCUGUUACUUGUUUGUAUGUAUUUAUUACUGUGCACGCAUACACCACGCUGGAGCACAUAUAUAGUAUGCAAGCUGUUUUAAAUUUACAUUCUAGGCCUUUGCGGCACUCGUAUCCACCUCAAUUGAUGAGAUGAAUACAAGUGUGGCGAAAUAAGUCCCAGGUCUAGUGAGGCAAAAGUAUGUGUAUGGGUGGGUACAAGCUAAAAUUAUAUUUUUUGUUGUGUAUAAUAAUGUGUAUAUGUUAUAUAUAAGCACAAAGUUUAUGUUGACACAAUUUGCAUGCACAUUG